UCUGCGCUUCUCCUUCCCAUUUCACCAACACAUGUAGAGAGAGAGAGAGAGAGAGAGAGAGAGAGAAAGCAAAAGCAAAGCAUGUCGUCUUCCAAACUCGUCCAUUCUUCAGCAUUACUUUCGGCUGCGUUCGUGUUGUUUAUUUCGAUUAUGUUUCUGCCGGCAAGGGCUGUGGUGAAGCUGCCGCCGAACGUAACGAUCCCGGCCAUUAUCGUGUUUGGAGAUUCGAUCGUCGACGCUGGCAACAACAACGACAUAUCAACUCUUGUCAAAUGCAACUUCCCCCCCUACGGUGAGGAUUUCAAAGGCGGCAUCCCGACAGGAAGAUUUUGCGAUGGCAAAGUGCCAUCCGACAUCAUGGCGGAACAAUUAGGCAUUAAAGAUACAGUGCCAGCAUACUUGGAUCCGAAUCUACAAGAUCAAGACCUAGUCACCGGGGUGACCUUCGCUUCCGGCGGCACUGGAUAUGAUCCGCUCACGCCCACGCUAGUGUCGGUCAUAUCAAUGUCGGAGCAGCUGGAUCUCUUCAAAAAGUACAUAGGGAAGUUGAAAGGUUUUGUUGGUGAAGAGAAGGCGAACUUCAUCUUGGCCAACAGCAUGUACCUCGUCGUGUCUGGAAGUGACGACAUCGCCAACAACUACUUCACCGCUCGGGUGAGGCAAUUGCAGUACAAUGUGCCUGAAUAUACCGAUCUCAUGGUCGAUGCAGCUUCCAAUUUCCUACAGGGAUUAUACGACCUAGGAGCUCGAAGAAUAGCAGUAUUUGGUUCGCCACCGAUCGGGUGCGUUCCUUCACAAAGGACAUUAGCAGGAGGGCCACUACGAGGUUGUGCAGAGCAGUACAACGCUGCGGCUCAGCUGUUCAACACCAAGCUCUCUUCAAAUCUCGACUCUCUCAACCGCAAGCUCCCCCGCAGCAAGAUGGUCUACAUUGAUGUCUACAACCCACUUCUCGACCUCAUUCAAUACCCACAAAAGCAAGGUUUCGUAGUGUCGGACAAGGGGUGCUGCGGGACGGGGACCAUCGAGGUGACCUUACUAUGCAACAAAUUCUCUCCGGACACGUGCACGGAUGUGUCCGACUAUGUGUUUUGGGACAGCUACCACCCCACGGAGAAAGCAUACAGAGCCCUACUGACUCCCCUCGUAAAUAAAUAUAUCAAUCGUUUCUUCUGAUUUGAGCAGCAUUCCAUAACUCCGAUCGCAUCAGAUUGGGUACAUCCAUGGAGCAGCAUCAGUCGGAUUCAAUGUCGAACCUGUCCUUCCCAGAAAACCAACUUCUUGUAUUAUUUAUGUUGUGAUUUAAACGAAGAGAUUUUAUAUAUAAUGGGUCCUCCAUCAACAAUUUCA